UAAGUUCAAUGGUCGGUAUUCCUUGUUGUGUCUUGUGUCUUAUGAACUUUUGUCUUCGUGGUCAGUUCUGUGUUUUUUAUACUCAGUAUUUUGGCUUCUGUGAUGCAUCCUGAUUCAUAAAAAUAAAAAUUCGGUGGUUCAUUGGAAACAUUUUUUUCAUCUUUUCGUAUCAGGGUUUAAAAACGAGACGUAAAAAUGACGACUCGCAUUGAAAAGGAGCGUACCAAACAAAUUCAAGACAAGUGUCAAAACCUGCUCAAUCAGAUGCUUCGCGAUGAAGACAACAAAUAUUGUGUCGACUGUGAUGCCAAAGGACCAAGAUGGGCAAGUUGGAACUUGGGAAUAUUUUUAUGCAUUCGCUGUGCUGGAAUUCACAGGAACCUCGGGGUUCACAUCAGCAAAGUGAAGUCUGUUAAUCUGGACACAUGGACUCCCGAACAAGUUGUCAGUCUUCAGCAAAUGGGAAAUUCUCGAGCAAGGGCUGUGUACGAAGCAAAUCUCCCAGACAGUUUUCGUAGACCUCAGACUGACGGCAGUCUUGAAAGUUUCAUUCGUGCAAAAUACGAACAUAAAAAGUAUAUUGCUAGGGAAUGGGUUCCUCCGUCAUUGCCAAAGAUCAACUGGGACAAGGAAUUAGAUGAUGAAGCGGAGAAGCAACGUCGACGCAAAAAGGAAGGUAUAAAAUCGAACGCAGUGCAAAAUCCUCUGCCGCCGGUUAAAAAACCGGAAGUGGUACCUCAGUUGCCGAAACCCAGAAGUUCCAUCAGUCCGAAACCAAACAGAAUCAGCAAUUCUGGUGGUGGUACUCUCGACCUCUUAGGCCUCGGUGCCCCAGGAAACGAAAAUAUUGCGAAUGGUUCUAGUUCUGGGGACGAUAUUUUCACCUCAUUCUUAUCUGCAACACCCUCUUCGACAUCCACCAGCAACGGCGCUGCUAGCACAACAACAGCCGCGGAAAGUUCAGUCGGAAAAUCUGAAGAAGAGAUUUUUUUCAAUCAAACGGCUCCUUCUGCUCAGGAAAAAAGUAAAAUGACCAAGGACAGUAUUCUAGCACUUUAUGGCACACCGAGUCAUCAACAACAAUCACUUUUCGGAGUUACUGGUGGAAUGUUCGCGCAACAGAUACCAGUGCAGCAGUUUACACAACAAAAUGUGGGAGCUUUCCAUCAAAAUAGUUUUCCAAGUCAACAAGUUAAUCAACCCUUUCAAAUGGGGAUGCAGGCCACGAAUCAGAUGACUCAAUUGUGCAUGAAUCCACAAAUGGGCAGUAUGGGUGCUAGUUCGAUCGCGAUAGGACAAAUGAACUCUUCUGUGAACAUGCAAGCUCAAAUUAUGAAUCCUCUUGGACAAAGUAACGUAACCGGUAAUAAUUCGUGGAAUGGGAUGAUGGCAACUCCGAAUAUUUUACCAGCCCCAGGAAGCAAUCCCUUUUUUAAUUUGCCGACGCAACAAUUACAAAAUUCUGGAGUUGCACCUCAGCUGCAACAACAAAUGUCAGGUCUUUCCCUAAACGGAGUUGGUUUCCCCGCCCCUGGUAAACCAGCACCCCCAGCUCUACCUGGCCAAACUCUCUCGACGAAUCUCUGGCAGUAACGAUGCCUGCGGACAUAGUUAAUCUACUAGGCCGUUGAUUGAUUUGAUGUUGUAACUAGUAUUUGCAAAACUGUUAUUGAAGCACAUAAUUAGAAUCCGAAUCCAGCUUAUACAAAUUUACCUCAACAUCAAGGGAAGAGCAAUGGACGUUAUUUUUCAGUGUCUGCGAGUGAAAUAAGUAAAUCUACAUUCUACGUGUGUAGAAGCUUUCACAAAAUUCCCACCAGGCUGUUAAAGAACGUGAGGCGAGAUGAUAAAAUCAAAUUCCGAAUUUCGACACGCUCUCACAUUCGUGAUACGCCGAUCUCGGAUCUUGUCUCUUCGUUGUAGGGCAAAUGAUAUUUACUUCUUGCUCAUCUCCAGUAGUUUCUUAUCCUCCAAAUUUCAUAACAAGUCUUGCAAAAUCCUUUUUUAUCAUCAUCACAUUUUCUAGUUUUUGCUAAGCUUUUAAGCCGAGUUUGGCUUUUUUUUUACUGUUUUAGCUUAAUAUUAAUGUUUAAUAGGAUUUAUAGAGGGCUAUAUAUACUGGAGAGGGUAAGGAGUUUAGGUAAUGAAUAUGAAGUAAAUUUAAGACAAAAUAGCUAAGAUACUAGAUUGCCUAUUUUUCUUCGAAACUUAUUUAAGAGAAGAUAUUUCUCUAGCUUGUAAAUUUGUCGAAUGAGUCUUGGUGUGCGUGAAAUAAAAUGUUCUUCUGAAACGAUAACAGGUGGCCACUAGAUCGAGAAGAAAGUAGAAAAAUACUGAAUUUGUGUAGUGGCUGAAUAUUUUUUAUAAUUUUCAGUAUGAAAUAUAUUCAAUUAAUAAAAAAUUCAUAAAAUAUUUCAAAAAGCCCCACCGACAAUCUGUUAUUCAAUAAAUGAGAAUAAUUAUUCGCUUUAGAAGUUCACGUUGUGGAUGGCAAUCCUUUCAUCGGAUAUUAAAAAGUUGCUAUUUAUUUUACCUAAUUACUGUUAUAAAUAUAAUACAAUCCUGCUUUGAAAGUAGAAAUUUUAAUUAAUAGUUGUACGUUUCAAACAUUUUCUGUAAAGAAAUCAAAACCUAAGUAACGUUUUUAAAAGUUUUGUGAUUCUAACUUUUAUGUAAUAACUGAAACUCACAACUUUGCGAUAAUAGUCAUAAUCUCAUUAAAAUGGGGCAGUUUUCAUAAAAUCUUCAACAAAUUUAGAAUGGCAACAUUGAAGCUUUUAUCAGAAUUUACUUUUAAUCAGGCAGUAAUUAGAAACAUAACAUUUAAGUCAAGAUUAAUAUUUUAAACGUAUACGAGUGAAAAUCAAAUGCAAGUUAGAGUUCCCAAAUUGUUGAACAUUUUAUUUAAGAAGUAGUUUAAAUCUGAAAUAUGUUCAAUAAUAUAGAGCUAGUAAAAUUAAUAAUUUAUAAAGAUUGUGUGAUUCUUCGGUUAAUAAUUUACAUUGUUUUUAUAAUUAUUUAAAAAUAUCCUUUCGGAAAUCCUUUUAAGUACACAAAAUUUGCAUAAUUUAGGAACUAAAUAAAAAUUUGUUCAUUGUUGAAUCCUUUUAAUUCAUAAGUAUUGAUAAAUUUUCUAAUUAAAAAUGAGGCACAUGUCAAUUUGAUAUUUUUGAAAUUAAAGUUUUAAAUUUUGAAAUGUUUUCAGCUAAUCAUGAUAUUUCCGUAAAAAUUUAAUUUUUACAUUUAUCUUUCUACAUGUUUUUUUAAAAAUCCUAAAUUAAUUUAUCGCCAAAAUAACAAUGAAAAAAGAGGCCUGUUUUUAAUACGAGUUUUUUAAUGGACGGAAUAUUGUGGUCGGCACUGCUUAAAAAAAUUGAAGUUUUUCAUUAAAUAAUUAUUUAAUUUUCAACUCAUCUAAUUAUUAUAAAUUCCUAAAUAUUGAAUGUCUCAAAACUAUAAUUGUUUAAAUGGUUUAAAUUUCGAUAUUAAUACUGCUCUUAGUAUCAAAUUUUUUUAUCUUUGAGCCCACACUAAUUUUAAAUAUAUAUUUACUUUUAACUCACUGACGUUGCCAGUUAUUUAACUCUUAAUUUUAAAUAAAAAAAUAUAUAACUCAAAAAUCAUAAAAAUUAUGUUUAUUCAAUGUUGAAUAAAUUCAGUCCAAAGGAAUAGAUACUUUCAACUUAAGAUUUUUACCAAUUUAAAACUGUCAAAUUUCCAGUGAUUUGAGAUUUUGUUAUUUUAUAUGUUUUUAAUUCAAACUAUUUGCUUUUGAAUCCUGUAUAAUUGUAUAUCAACAAUUAUUUUAAUGUUAAGAAGUUUCAGUUUGAAAUUGUUCAAUCUUAACCGUGGAAAAUGACAGGGAUUUUUAUCUACGGUUUGAGUGGCCACCCUGGAUAAGCGCAAAUGAACGAACAUAAAAUUCUUAUAAAAUUUCUGUUCCUUAGUUACUGAGAGUAUCUUAUUGACUAUUUGAUUAAAAAUGUAUUUAAAUUUCCUAAAUGAGUUUUUAGUGUUUAAUUUUGUUCAAUUUCUUCACAGUAUUUUAGACUCAUAAAUAGGAUUUGAUGAUAGAAACGGAAACGUUUGUAAACUGACGUCUGAUGCGAGAAUCAGAUUUGAAAAUAAGCCCAGUAUUUAUUAUUGAAAGCUUGUUAAGGUUUUAUUUUUCACUCCUGAGAAAUUUAUUAAAUUAUAAACGUCUUUUACAAUGCGCAAACAAUUAACGUAUCAUUUUCAUUUUUCAAUGCUGGGAAAACCGUCCAAUCCUCUAGGCAUGCAAAUAUUGGAAUGGAGCGCUAAACUGACAAUAAUUUGUCUACAUUCUGUAUUUCUAUAGUUGUAGCUUCGAUUGGACCAGCGACUUAAAAGAGGCAUUUGCGAAAACUUUUCAGAGAUAGAAUCAUAUUACCUUUUCUUUUGAAAGAAAAAAAAAACUGAACCGUCGAUAGCCUGCAAAAGAAUCUUCGCAAACGCACAAAACGUAGAUUAUAGAGUUGAGAGAUAGCAAGAAUCAUAAAAAAAAAUAUUUCAUAAAAUUGAUGAAAUUGUUGAAAUUUAUUGAAUUUUUUGUCUUGGCUUCACUAGAGCACCUCUUCGAAAGAAAAAUACGGCCAAAGUUUCAUACAUUUUACUCCUCAGUGUUGGGAAUCGUUUAACUGCGAUACGCCAUAUGGUGACAAACAUCCGAACUAGCAAGGAUAGGUACGAUUUUAAAGAUGCAUUUUAAUUUGUGCAUAAAAGUGUUUUAACGAUUUUUUUGUGGAAUUUAAAGUAUUUAUUGGAUAGUACCAAUAAGCCUUUAUUGGAAACAAAGGGUUUUAAAUGCAAUUUACAUCUUGUACAGUGAAAAACACAUUUUUUGACGGAAAUAUUUUUUUAAGAAAAAACAAUUAUUGUACUAUUUAUUGUAAUUUUCAACAGAUUCUGAACUUAAAUGGACUUACUUUGAAGCGAAAUGAAUUCAAAUUGAAUUUUUAUUAUCUUAUAGUUGCAAUAUUUACUAUUUAAAAAUCGAAUGUAAAAGUUAGAUUAGAAUUCGUAUUUUAAUUCCGAUCGUCUAUUGUUCGUAUUCUUUGCAUAAUCUGGAUAAAAUUGGUUGCUAAAUGCAUUAAUUGAAGUUUAUUUAAGCUUACAAUAUAUUGAAACUUGCAUAAAAUAGUAAAAUAACUGUUUUUUGUCUAAAAACCUUUUGGACAAAAAUGUGUUUUUUCACUGUAUGAGGCGGAAAUUCUAUCUGAAACGAAUUGUUUUUUAUGAAGAUUUGUUUUUAGUAUUUCAAUAAUUGUUUUAAACUUCACAAAAUAAUCGCAAAAACACUUUUAUGCAAAAAUGAAAAUACAUGUUUAAAAUCGUACCUACUCUUCUAGUUCCAGUUUUCGGCACAAGGUGGCAAAAUGGUAGACUACCAUUCCCAAUAAAAGAAAGCAUUUCUUUAAAUCCAGAAAUUCAUCAAAAACCCGUUUGUUCAAAUACUUUAAAUUGUAAAUAUUUUUAACGUAAAUACAAAUUACAAAAGUCGUUUGAAUACAAGUUUUAAUUUGUAAAAAAAGGGUUUACAUUUUCUUUUCUAAGAAAAAAAUGCUAUGUAGGAAACUUGAAUCUGUUUUAACUAAUUUAGUUUGUAAUCACGCUUGUUUAUCAAAAAGAAAUGUGAUCGUGAAGAAAUUACUCUGUAAUUAAAGUUUUUUCUAAAUGUCCGGAGUAAAUUUUUAGAACUGCCGAAUUUAUCUUUAAAGAUUCGGAAGAAUUUUCGUCUGCCGCAAUUUACAGAGUAUAUGAGGCGUAAGAUUAUUCUUAUGUUUGAUUAUCAUACAAUUUGUAUGUCUGAUUUGGCGCAAUACAGAAGUUUCGCGCACAUAGCUGAAUUUUUAUUUUAAUCAUGAAAAGCGAAAGAUUAACUUUUUGUGUAGCAUAAUGUAUUUCAAUGACCAUACAUUGCAUUUAUUAGCUCUUAAAUGUAGAAUGACGACUGCACAGUGUAAUGUACAGUGUUAAGAUCGAAGGAAUGCGCGUGAAGAAAUAUAUAUAAUUGAUAU